AAAAACAGAUAAAAUGAAAAAAAUUAACGAAUGCGUUGAGAACUCGAACAAUCCCUCUUGCUAUCCUGCAGCCCGUUAACUACGCCACUGCACUGGCCUGUCAUAUCCGUGGCCGGCGGCCUUAUUUCACUGGUAAAUUGGAAAACCUCAGCUAACAAGGAGAAGCGCUCUCAACAACAUAAGAAACCAUCUUCUUCAAUUGAUUCUCUAAUGUCAAUCUGGGUGCCGGUUCAUAUAUUCAAAAACCCUUGUUUUAUAUUCGGGCGUCGAAGCAGAUUUACCUGCCGCCUUGACCCCAGACUCCACAUCCAUGGCUUUGUAGACUCGUUUGCUAUUAAGAGGCUCGUGUCCUUCACUACAGUGCCCUUCCAUCAGAUUCAGGCAUGCAAACCCGGAGAUGAUACAGUUAUGUCUGCCAAUGUUAAUUAUGGUGGCAAACAGGUCGUAAGCGUUACUCCGCAGCUCUAUAGUUAUGCUCUCUCUAAUGUUAGAGAACCAGAGAUUCUGCGUGAACUUAGAGAGGAGACUGCCACAAUGCAGGGCAGUCAAAUGCAAGUAUCCCCUGAUCAAGCACAACUACUAGCAAUGCUUGUCCAGGUCCAGGGAGCAAAAAGGUGCAUUGAAGUUGGCAUCUUUACUGGAUACUCUUCCUUGGCCGUUGCUUUAGUUCUUCCAGAGCACGGACAUUUAGUUGCUUGUGAGAGAGAUGAAAAAUCAAUAGAGGUUGCAAAGAGAUAUUAUGUUCGUGCGGGUGUAUCUAGCAAGGUGGACGUGAGGCAUGAUAUAGCAGCCAAUACUCUACGGUCUAUGAUUCAGAAUGGUGAGGGCUGCAGUUACGACUUUGCUUUUAUUGAUGCUGAUAAGAAAAUGUAUCAAGAAUACUUCGAAUUGCUACUAAAGUUGGUAAAGGUUGGAGGGGUCAUAGUAGUGGACAAUGUGCUUUGGCAUGGGAGAGUUGCUGACCCAUUGGCAAAUGAUGCUAAAACGGUAAGCAUACGGAGUUUCAACCGAACCUUGUUUGAGGAUAGCCGUGUAGAUAUCAGUAUGGUGCCAAUAGGCGAUGGCAUGACGAUCUGCAGGAAAAGACAAUUAUUCUCCCCUUAAACUUGAGAGGAAGUUAUCAAUAAGGUUUUAUGCCUUUUUUAUGUAGGAUGUAGGAUUGUAUGUGUAUAAUGUCAUUCAAAUUUUUAAAGACUAUAAAUAUUACUCCGUAUGUCUUUUUCACGAAUAUUACUAAGAAAUAAUUAC